AUGCACUCACCCAAGCGCUGGCGCAGCAAUCCCCUCCUCUUCGUACUCCUCUCCCUCGUCAUCCUCCUCUUCCGCAGCACGAAUAACGCCCGCACCUCCCACCUCAUCAAACGCGCCACAGACGCCCGCCUCCACGAGCUCCUCACCGCCGGCCGAGUCGUCACCGGCGCCAUCAACACCAGCGGCCAGACCAGCAGUUCCGGCGCCGAUGGCGACUUCACGUGCGGCCCGGGCCGGCCGUGCAGCAAUGGCGCAUGCUGCGGCGCGAGUGGGUGGUGCGGCUAUGAGCCCAAGUACUGCGGGAAGGGAUGCCAGUCAAAUUGCAGUGCCAAAGCCGAGUGUGGCCAGUAUGCAGAUCCGCCGGGGAAGGGCUGUCCGUUGAAUGUCUGCUGCUCGGCCUUCGGCUUCUGUGGCAUGGCGAGCGAGUUCUGCGGCGCGGGCUGCCAGUCGCACUGCACGCAGCCGAAGCCCCACGGGCCCAAGAGCAACGCGCAGCAAGUCGUGAUCGGCUACUACGAGGGCUGGUCCUUCAACCACAGCUGCGGCACCAUGACGCCGGCUGAGAUCCCCAUAAACAAGCUGACGCACCUGAUCUUCUCGUUCGCGUACAUCUCGCCCGGGCCCGCCUUCAAAAUCAUCACCAUGGACGGCCUCUCGCCUAACCUCUUCAGCCAGGUCGUCGCGCUCAAGGACCGCAACCCCAACCUCAAGGUCCUCGUCGCCCUCGGUGGCUGGACCUACACUGACCCCGGGAAAUACCAGCCUGUCUUCUCGAACAUGGUCGCCAGUGCUGCGACCCGCGCGGCCUUCAUCCGGAACCUGCUCGGCUUCCUAUCGGAAUACGGCUUCGACGGCGUCGACUUCGACUGGGAGUAUCCCGGGGCGAAAGACCGGGGCGGCAAGCCCAGCGACGGCGCCAACUACGCCAAACUGUUCAAAGAGCUGCGCGCGGCCGUGAACCGCGACUCCCACGGCUACCUCGUCACCGUCACGGCGCCCACGUCGUACUGGUACCUGCGGCAUUUUGACCUCCCGGCCACCGCACCCCACGUCUCCUGGAUCAACCUCAUGAGCUACGACCUGCACGGCGUGUGGGACAACGACAACCCCAUAGGCAACCGCGUGCUCGGCCAUACCAACCUCACCGAAAUCGACCUGGCGCUCGACCUCUUCUGGCGCAACGACAUCGAGCCGCGCAAGGUCGUCCUGGGCCUCGGCUUCUACGGCCGCUCCUUCCAGCUCAAAGACUCAAACUGCUGGAAGCCGGGCUGCCGCUUUGGUGGGCCCGGCGACAAGGGCGAGUGUACUGACACGCCUGGCAUCCUCUCCUACCACGAGGUGCGCAACAUCCUGACCCGCACAAAAGCUAGCCCGCAUUACGACGCCGCCGCGGCCGUCAACUACCUCGUCUACGGCGAUGGCAGUUGGGUCUCAUACGACGACAAGCGCACGUUCCAGAAAAAAGUCGACUUCGCGAGCUCCAUGGGCCUCGGCGGGCUGAUGGUGUGGGCCGUCGACCUGGACAACACGGCGCGCGACGCGCUGAAGGCCAUCUCGCCCAUCAACGCGGACGUGUACUGCUGCGAUCCACCCGGCGGGUUGGACAGGCCGUUCACCGCCGUGGACCUCGACAGGCUGUUCCCGAAGAAAUACCUCCCGCCUGCGAGCGCCAUCCCGGACUACACACUUACGUCGUUCGGCGGGGCGACUGAAAAGGGGUUAGAGGAGCCGAAUGGGGCAGGCGUUGCUUUCUUCCUGGUGGCUGGGUCGUCGAUUGCAGCUGCAUCCAUGAGAACGAAGCGUGCUGGCGGCCAAAUGGGGCUCGUCUUCCUAGACUGCCCGGGUGACGUGCUCUUCAGGCCCAACGAGCAGGCGCAAACAGCGCGCAUCAUCUGCAUGGAAGAAGACGUAAACGCAUGCUUCGGCGUCAGAGAAGGCGGCGUCGAGGGGACUGUCGUUGAGAUGCCCGAGCACUGUGGAGGCAGGAGCUUUAGCAGAGCCAUUUCGCUGAACUUCUCCAUGGACCAGAAUAUCCCUGACCACAUUGCGAAGAGGGACCCUACAUCAGCUGUCUUUGACUUUACCUUUGACUAUAACAUGAAGCUCUUGAGGCGAGAUGCCGGGCCGCUGAGCAUCCGGAUUGAUUAUUCCAAUGUACCAGGCUACGAGAACAAAAAACGCGGCGUCACAGGCCUGGAAGAGCGGUUCUUCAGCCCCAAGCCCAUCGACUGGGCCUCGCGCAUCAACAAGCUCGCCCACAAAAACGGCAAAAAGAUGACCGCUAGCCUAGACAACUACUACUUCGACGGCACGGUCAACGAGUGCCCCUCGGGCCCGGAAACACGCACCGACGAAAUUGCCAUCGGCUCCGAAGGCUCCGUCAGCGCCGACACAUGGUACGGCUUCUCGGCCGUGGCGAACAUCGAAGGCGGCACGUUCUCCGUGCACCAGGCGUCGGGCUUCUUCCUCGCCGACGGCUCGACAGAGGCCAAGUUCAAGGCCGGCGGGCUGGGCAAGCUCGAUACCUCGGCUGCGCUGCAGGGCCGCUCCAUGUCGCACGAGUUUGGACCCAAGUCGCAGGGCGGCCAUCACGUCGACUUGCACAAGUUCAAGGGCUGGGUCGAGUUCGAUCCGUACAUCGACGUCGGCAUCAAGAUGACUACGUCCAACAAAACCUCGCCUACAGGCCAGGGCUUCUCGUUCGAGGGCUACAUGGAAGGCGGCGUGAAGUCGCAGUUCUACGGCGGGCAUGUGACGUUUCCGAAUCCGGACGACGGAGACGAUGCGAGGCGGCCUGACGACGCGACGAAUAAGGGCGUUGAUCAUAAGAACGUGCUGGUGCCGCUCGGAUUCAAAGGUACGGGGAAGCUGGCGGUCACCUCGAUCGUCGAGAUGGGGCUGUCGGUGACUAUCAACAUGCCGGUUAAAGGCGGCGAGGUGCUGCCGGAGGUAAUGUUCGCGCGUCCCCAUAGCGUACACUAA